AUGGGUCGUUCUCGCCGGACCGGUGCGCAUCGAGCGCACUCCCUGGCCCGUCAAAUGAAGGCCAAGCGGCGGCGGCCCGACCUGGAUGAAAUUCACCGCGAGCUGCGUCUCCAGGGUCCCGCUCGGCCCCUCUCCGACCCGGACACCGAGCCCGACCCAGACCUGCCCGGGGGUGGGCUGCAUCGGUGUCUGGCCUGCGCGAGAUACUUCGUCGAUUCCGCCAACCUGAGGACCCACUUUCGAUCCAAAGACCACAAGAAAAGGCUGAAGCAGCUCAGCGUGGAGCCCUACAGUCAGGAAGAGGCAGAGAGGGCAGCGGGCAUGGGCUCCUAUGUACCCCCCCAGAGACUGCCAGUGCCCACGGAGGUGUCCACCGACAUCCCAGAAAUGGAUACAUCUACCUGA